UAGUAUUGAAUGCUGUGCUGAGAUCAUCUUUUCACACUGAGGUCAGUUUAGAGACUCAAACUAUUGACAAGACUCAAAGAUUUUCUGAUGCUCCAGAAGGAACGUGCCCGAAGUCGUAUAUUACUGUAUUUAGUGAAGUCAGGUGUGUAUGGGAGCUCUACGUUUACAUUUAUAGCAUAUCCCAUUUUAUACACGUCUUAAGUAAUAUACAUAUGAAAGAAAUUAUAUUCAAUUAUGGUCAUAAGAAACAAAAACUUGGCAAUAACCUCCAAUGAAACUCAAUUGAAUCAGUCCGAAAGAAAGUGUGCUCUUGACUGCGUGAGAAACCGAAAGUAAACUAAACUCUAUGUAUAGUGCAGCACCUUCAAUGUCCAGUAGGGGGCGGUUAAAAGACACAAACAGAUCUGAAAUUAAUAAUAAAAUAACAUACGAACCCUGGUAACGCUGAUAUUAAAGCAGAAGUAAAAAAAAAAAAUCUCGAGAAAUGUCCUGUUAAGUGUUCUCUUAAUUAUGGGCUCUAUAUACAGAUCUAUCUACAGAUCAGUGGCUUGGAGGUAGUUUUUGUCUUCGCUUGAUUGACAGCUCUCUCUGCGCGCGUCCGUUUCUAUGGAGACUGUGUUGUUAUUUACGCCCUGAGCCAACGGUCAUCAAUAUGCGGCUCUAUCCUCAUUUAAUAAUCCCGUUAAACCGUCUUUAAUCGUCACGUUUCUACUGUUGGUCGAGCACUGCUGCUGUUGAUGAGGAGCUGAGGCUGCGUCUGAUGUAUAAGUACGAGACUCUGGGCUGUGUGGGCUCCGGUAGUUACGGGACGGUUCUGAAGUGUCGGCACCGGGACACCGGCAGAACCGUUGCCGUGAAGAAGCUCGUGGAGGAAGAUGAUGGUGUGAGGAAGAUCGUUCAGAGGGAGAUCCGUCUGCUGAAGCAACUGCGGCACGAGAAUCUGGUGAAUCUGCUGGAGGUGUGGAAGCGCAAGCGUCGCUGGUAUCUGGUGUUUGAGUUCGUGGACCGGACGGUUCUGGACGAGCUGGAGCAGUUCCCAUCAGGUCUAGAUGCUCUCCGAGUCCGGAAGCACCUCUAUCAGGUCCUGAGGGCCGUGUCCUUCUGCCACCAGCACAACAUCAUUCACAGGGACGUGAAACCCGAGAACGUUCUGGUCUCUCAGCUCGGCGUGGUCAAACUCUGUGACUUCGGCUUCGCUCGGACGAUGGCGGCCGCUCCGGGCGAGGUUUACACCGACUACGUGGCCACACGCUGGUAUCGAGCGCCGGAGCUGCUGGUGGGAGACACCAGAUACGGGAAGGCGGUGGAUGUGUGGGCCAUCGGGUGUCUGUUCUUCGAGAUGUUAACGGGUGAGCCUCUGUUCCCGGGUGACUCUGACAUUGACCAGCUGCAUCUGGUCAUCAGUUGUUUCGGUCACCUGACCCCUCGGCACCGCGAGGUCUUUUACAGAAACCCGGUGUUUGUGGGAGUGUCUCUUCCAGAGCCGGCGGAGAGAACCUCGCUGGAGAGCCGCUCGCUCAAGCUGUCUGGACUGACUCUGGACCUCUCUCAGAGAUGUUUGCAGAUGGAUCCAGAUAAACGCUCGCAGUGUGAAGAGCUGCUGCUGCAUCCGUACUUCACUAGAGACCGCUUCCAUCUGCGCUUUCAGCAAGAACUGGCCAGUAAGACACACAAGGACCUGAAGGAAAACAGCAGACGCACUAAAAGCUCCAGGAGAGAGAAGGAGAAGCUGGAGAUCCUGAGGUCAGCUCCUGAAAGUGUACAGGACUCAAACCUUCGGUUCAGUGAGUUCAGGCCAUCUGACGGCGAGGACAGUGACUUCACCGCCAGGCUCCGCCCAGAUGACACAGAGCCAAUCAGUGAUCCUAUGAGUCAAGCAGGAAUCCUGCCCAUCUCCACUGAUUCGCCGGCCACACACAGCCUCAGGUCGUUUGAUAAGAUGAAGAAGCAAAUGAAUGUGUUUCCACUUCCAGCACAACAGAUCCUCACAGUGUCGUCAGAGUGCAGCAGGAGUCGAUACGAGCGUGGUGCUGCAGGGGUUGCUGGGAAAAAAAUGGCAGAGCUGCGUUUCCCUGAGCUCAGAAACACACUGCUGCCUGAGCUGAGAGCAGACGGAAGACCAAGAGGAAAUAAAGAGCAAAAAAACAACAGAAUUCCGUCUAUAACAGCACCUGACCUGCAGUCUGACCCCAGCACAUAAAACACACACACACACACACACACACACACACUGUCUAAACACGUGAAGAGUGUGUAACAGUGUAAAUAUGCUCUUGUUUUGUUUUAAUGAAUUGAUUUGAUCAUAAUGAGAGUGUUUCAGUUGUGUUUUGUUCUUUUAUCUUGGACUCACUGAGACGUGAAGAUCAGUCCUGAAGGUCAAAAACAACUGCAAAUAUACUUCAAUAAACUUUCAACUGAUUCAAACUUU